AUGAAUUCAUCUUGGACCAAUUUAACCCCCCUUACAGGUACUCAGCAAGCUUAUGGAUAUAUUCAAAAUGCACCUGCUUACCACACCGUUCAAGUUCGACAAGCGUUUAACCUCUCCGUUCCCCAAAGCCAGCUCGCAACACAACCACCAGCUCAAUUGGCGACGGCGCCAGAACAAAGUCAAACUCGUCGAAAAAUAGAUUGGCCGCAACCUGUUCGAAGCUACGUACAAAGAUCAUUUGAAACUUGUAAUCUUCUUGAGGAUGUGACCCGAUCUGAGAUGGAGUCUAAGCUAAAGGAAACCAUUACAGCUGCAACUGAUGAAGAUAAGCUGGAUAAAAUCGAUUGGAAUAAUCUACCCCUACCACAGGAAAUGAUUAGAAUGGGGCGUUUACAAGUAACUUGGCAACAGGAGCCCUCGGAGCAACGGAAUGCAAACGGAUGUCCUAACCCUACACAGAACUCCAGGAAAAGAAAGUCUCAAGAAUUAGGACGCGGAGAAGAUGCAAACAUCUUCAGUCGAAAUCCUAAUAAAAACCUUGGAAUCGAUGAGAGUAGUACACGUGGCAAGAACCAAGGUGAAAAAGGAACAAGUAAGUUACAGAAAUCAUUUGAGAAGCGACAGCGCCGUUGCGAUGGAGGGUAUAAAACUUACAAGCCCUGCUCAAUACCGGAACAAAGUUCAGGACCGGUCGUUGGAACUUGUCAAGUCCUCGAAAAGCGAUAUUUCCGCCUCACCUCUGCACCAAAUCCAGCCCAAGUCCGACCUGAAGUAAUCUUAAGGCAGUCCUUAGAUCUUCUAAAAAAAAAGUGGAAGAGAGAAGGCAACUAUUCAUACAUAUGCGACCAAUUUAAGUCCAUGCGUCAGGAUCUUACCGUUCAGCACAUUACUAAUGAUUUUACCGUAACCGUUUAUGAAAUUCAUGCUCGGAUCGCCCUCGAGAAGGGAGAUCUUGGUGAGUAUAACCAAUGCCAAACCCAGCUUCGAAAUUUGUAUGCUCAAAACUUGGGAGGAAAUGCGGUGGAAUUCAAGGCGUAUCGUAUCUUGUAUUUUAUUCACACAUCUAAUCGUACUGCCUUGAAUGAUAUGUUGGCAGAUCUAACCACUGCAGAAAAAGAAGAAGUGCCAAUCAAGCAUGCCCUCGAUGUUCGCUCGGCGCUGGCUCUCGGAAAUUACCAUAAGUUUUUCAGAUUAUAUCUCGACACUCCUAAUAUGGGUGCAUAUCUUAUGGAUAUGUUCGUCGUCCGAGAAAGAUUGGCAGCUCUAUCCAAUAUAUGCAAAGCGUAUAAGCCAGAUGUCAAAUUGCGGUUCAUCACAGAGGAAUUAGGAUUCGAAUCUGAUUCUGAUGCUGCUCAGUUUGUUUGUGACCAUAACGGUCAACAUCUGAUUGAAGAGAAGUUGGGAUCUCUUCUCAUCCUCACAGGCAAGGCAGGCUCUUUCUUUGAAAAUGCAAAGAAUGAAGCCUUCCGAAAAGUGGAUAUCAAAGGCCAAAUAUGA